AUCACUGGGUUCCGGACAGUGAUUACUUGACAGGGAGGAGAAUUAGGACAUGUACACUGAUGAUCAGGGCACUGAUGAUCAGUGUGCCCUGAUGAUCAGUGUAGCCCCAGCAGUGCCACCUGUUAGUGCCCAUCAAUGCCACCUGUCAUUGCCCAUCAGUGCCUCAUCAAUGCCACCUGCCAGUGCCGAUCAGUGCCUCAUCAAUGCCACACAUCAGUGCCUACCAGUGCCCAUCUGAGCUGUCUUUCAGUGUCACUUAUCGGUGCCAGUCAGUGCCACAUAUCAAUGCCACC